GAAAGUGGACGGAGGAAAUAAAAGGAGAGAGGAGAGCUCAUUUAAGGGAAGCAAGAAGGUUUGUGUUUGUAGCAGCAUGAUGAACUCAACCCAGGGUACUGUGGGCAGUGACCCUGUGAUUUUGGCUACAGCGGGAUAUGACCACACAGUACGCUUCUGGCAAGCACACAGCGGCAUCUGCACACGCACCGUGCAGCACCAAGACUCGCAAGUAAACUCCCUUGAGGUGACCCCAGACCGAAGUAUGAUUGCGGCAGCAGGUUACCAGCACAUCCGCAUGUAUGAUCUCAACUCCAACAACCCUAAUCCGGUCAUCAAUUAUGACGGUGUGAGCAAGAAUAUCACAUCAGUGGGGUUCCAUGAGGACGGGCGAUGGAUGUACACUGGAGGCGAAGACUGCAUGGCCAGGAUAUGGGACCUAAGGUCCAGGAACCUUCAGUGUCAGAGAAUCUUCCAAGUCAAUGCUCCAAUCAACUGUGUUUUCCUCCACCCCAACCAGGCAGAGCUGAUUGUUGGUGAUCAGAGUGGAGCCAUUCACAUCUGGGACCUAAAGACCGACCAAAAUGAGCAGCUUAUUCCUGAGACUGACGUAUCUAUCAAUUCGGUGCACAUCGAUCCCGAUGCCAGCUACAUGGCAGCUGUCAAUAGCUCUGGAAACUGCUUUGUGUGGAACUUGACGGGGGGUCUGGGAGAAGACCUGACACAACUCAUCCCCAAAACCAAAAUUCCUGCUCACAAACGCUGCGCCCUGAAAUGUAAAUUCAGCCCGGAUUCCACACUACUGGCCACUUGUUCUGCGGACCAAACCUGUAAAAUCUGGAGGACCUCUAACUUCUCUCUCAUGACCGAACUUAGCAUUAAGAGCAAUAACCCAGGGGAAACUUCACGAGGCUGGAUGUGGGACUGCGCCUUUUCAGGAGACUCCCAGUACAUUGUCACUGCAUCCUCAGACAACUUGGCGCGGCUGUGGUGUGUCGAGACCGGUGAGAUCAAACGGGAAUACAGCGGGCAUCAGAAGGCAGUGGUCUGUCUUGCUUUCAAUGACAGCGUCCUGGGGUAACCUAUGUCUGCCGUAAAGCAUUGAUGGACACUGACGUUGUUUUUGCUGUACAGAUUGACAUGUAUUUUGAUUGCUUUGGUCCUUUGGUAAGCACAAAACUAAAUUCCCUGUCGACCACUGGCGUCCGGUGAAUGGGAAAUGGCCUAUAUUGCAGCACACUGUAGUGUCAAUAAGGGAGUAUUUCCAGGGAACAUAGAGACUGGUAUCCUUAGGCAGCAUGUUUUACAAACAGGACCCCAGCAAUUAAAAUACAUAUGUGUCAUUGUCCUUGGAUAGACAGAGCAGAAUAAUAUUAAAGAUGAGCCGCUGGCCUUCAUUGCUUGCAUUAUACAUCUAUUACUGGCUCUUUGGAGUAACUAUAAGAGUAGAACUACAUGGACGACUUCAGUGUGGAUCCGACGCGCUGCGCCAAAACGCAGGUGUCAAAUUGGAUGUGACGGAGAAUAAGGUAAGCAAUAGCAGUGUUGGACGGUGUUGUAGCGUUCAUAUAACGCGACUGUCGGAUGCAGACGCUGCGAGACUGUCCGACAUUGCUAUUGCUUACCUUAUUCUCCAUCGCACCCAAUUUGACACCUGCGUUUUGGUGCAUUGCGUCGGAUCCGCCGGAAACGCACUGAAGUCUCCCAUGUAGUUCUACCCUUAAAGAAACAGACCCAGGUGCCUCCUACUGCAUGGGUCGGCUUCCUCUGCACCCCUCCCCUCUCCCUGGUCGAUCACUUACUUGCGGUGGGGACAUGGGAGGUGCAGGUAGGUGCGUGUCAGGCCCCCCUGAUGAUUUUUUUGAUGGGGGCCUGCUGCACUGCUGUUAUGCUUCUGCACUGGCUCAUCUGUACCUGGAAGCACUGGCCUGAGUGAUUGCCCUAAAUGGAUUGGUUUGUCUCUGUCCUAGGGUUGCCACCUUUUCUGGAAAAGAAAUACCGGCCUUCCUAUAUAUUUAUCUUUUUUUCCCUAUUAAUAACAUUGGGAUCAACCAUCAUUUUUACCGGCCAGGCCUGUAAAAUACCGGCCAGGUGGCAAUCCUACUCUGUCUAUGGAGCACUAGGUUGUGUAAUGUCAUCUAUAGAUCUCAGAUGUGUGUAAUAACUAUGUAAAUAAAAACUACAAUAAACA